UGGGAACGCGCUGAAAGAGAAGACGACGAAGAAGAAGCGUGCCACACGUGUUCCAAAAUGUCGAACUCCACUGUUUUGGUUGUUUAGUUAAUUUUGUACGAAGCGAUUCAAACUAUUAAAUAGUUUUACGUUGAUACAAGGAGGCAGCUCGAGCUGUAAGUAGCCGGAUAUCAGAGGACACCAUGGCGCAGAGAAAGAAGAGAUUGUGGAAGAAGAAGAAGCACACUGGGAGCAGAGAAGCAGAUGUGGACUCGGAUGGGGGAGAUUUUGAGUUGGCUGCUGAAAUUAAAGACGACGUUGUGUUUGGUAAAAAGCUGCCUCGCUUCCCCACGUCGUCUGAUUGCAUAUCAGAUGUAGAACCGGACACCAGAGAGAUGGUGCGUGCCCAGAACAAGAAAAAGAAAAAGUCUGGAGGAUUUCAGUCCAUGGGCCUCAGCUACCCUGUCUACAAAGGGGUCAUGAAGAAGGGCUACAAAGUUCCGACCCCUAUCCAAAGAAAAACGAUUCCCGUCAUCCUGGAUGGUAAAGAUAUGGUCGCCAUGGCGCGGACAGGAAGCGGGAAAACGGCUGCGUUCUUGGUGCCCAUGUUCGAGAGGCUGAAAGGACCUCAAGCUCAGACAGGAGCCAGAGCUCUGAUCAUCACACCUACAAGAGAGUUGGCACUACAGACCAUGAAGUUCACUAGAGAGCUGGGCAGGUUUACUGGGCUGAAAACGGCCCUAAUCCUUGGAGGCGACAGCAUGGACGAUCAGUUUGCUGCUCUACAUGAAAAUCCUGACAUCAUCAUCGGUACUCCUGGGCGUCUGAUGCACAUCGUCAUGGAAAUGAACCUCAAACUGCAGAAUGUGGAGUAUGUGGUGUUUGACGAGGCAGAUCGAUUGUUUGAAAUGGGUUUUACCGAGCAACUGCAGGAGAUCAUCAGACGUCUCCCUGAGACCCGGCAGAGCCUGUUGUUCUCCGCUACGCUGCCAAAACUGCUUGUGGAAUUUGCCAGAGCUGGAUUAACAGACCCAGUCUUGGUGCGUCUCGAUGUCGACAGUAAGCUCAGCGAUCAGUUAAAGCUGUCAUUUUUUUCCUUGCGCCUGGACGAGAAGCCCGCGCUGCUGCUGUAUCUUCUGCGGAACGUCGUGAAACCUCAGGAGCAGACAGUCGUGUUUGCGGCUACCAAACACCACGUGGAAUACCUCAACCAGCUUCUGACUUCACAAGGAAUCGGGUGCGCGUACAUAUACAGCGCUUUGGACCAGACGGCCAGGAAGAUCAACAUUGGCCGCUUUGUCCACCGCAAAGCAAUGGUUCUGCUGGUGACGGACGUCGCAGCUCGCGGUAUCGACAUCCCGCUCUUGGACAACGUCAUCAAUUAUAACUUCCCUUCUAAGGGCAAGCUCUUUCUGCACAGAGUCGGUCGUGUAGCACGUGCUGGCAGGAGCGGUCGAGCCUUCAGUCUGGUGUGCCCAGAUGAAGUGCCCUUUGUUUAUGAUCUUCACCUCUUCCUUGGAAGACCUUUGCACCUUGCAGCCAUUGACCACACUCAGGAUGUUGACGGAGUGCUGGGUCGCGUUCCACAGAGCAUCUUGGAUGACGAGGACGCGCAGGUCCUCGCAGCCCACGAGAACUCUUUAGACCUCGAGAACCUCAAACGGAUCUCGGAGAACGCUUACAAGCAAUACCUGAAGUCCCGACCCAACCCUUCUCCAGAAUCUAUCAAGCGGGUGAAGAACUCUGAUCUGUCGUCCAUUGCUGUUCACCCAAUACUAGGGUCAGGACUUGAGAAGAUGGAGUUGGAAAGACUUCAAAUGGUUGAUUCAAUCAAGGCUUACAGAUCAAAAUCGACCAUAUUUGAAAUCAACUCCAACAACAAAACCAGUGCUAGCGAGGUAAUGAGGACGAAGCGAUCCCGGGACAGCCAUCUGGUGGACAAAUUCCAGAGGACACGAGAAGAGAUUCAGCAGAACCAUUCAGCUAUUCAGAACUUGACCCCAACACAACCGCAACACGGAGAGGAAGUGGGGGAUGACGAAGACGACGACCUCCAGGGUGUGUUCUCGGAAGUGGUCGGAGGAAAGAAAAGGAAACGGGACGGCAACGUGGACUGGGCUAAGAACAAAAAGAACCGGCAGUCAGGUCGAGACGAGGAGUUUUACAUCCCGUACAGACCCAAAGACUUUGAAUCAGAACGAGGACUCAGUCUUGCCACCCAAGGCAGCUCAUUUGAUCACCAGGCCUCCUCGGCUGUCCUGGAUCUAAUGGGAGAUGAUAACAGUACGCUGGACCAGCAUCAGAAAAUGAUGAGAUGGGAUCGCAAGAGGAAGCGCUUUGUCCAUGAUACGGGUAAAGAUGACAAAAAGAACAAAAUAAAAACGGAAAGCGGGCAAGUGGUCAGUGUCAAGAAGUCAAAGAAGAACUUUUAUGAGGAAUGGAAGAAGAAGUACAAGGUGGAAGAUGCAGAUGAUUCAGACGGAGAAAAUGGAGGAGGAAAGGGGCUUAAAUUUGGAGGUCGCAGUGGCCGAAAGGGAGCGGGACCUCAGCCUCUUAACAAGAACGGCUUACGGGUUCGUUCGGAGCUGAAGAGCAGGGAACAGAUCCUGAAAAAUCGCAAGGAUCGCUCCAAGCAGCAGUUCCUGCAAAGUGGCGGCUUGAAGAAGCUGCGUGGCCGAGGCAAGCAGCGACUUAACGACGUCAUGAAGUCUGGCUUCGGGCGCGGGCGCUUUAAGAAAGGCAAAAUGAAGAAAAGACUUUGAGCUUGAGGGGUCAAGGCUUAAGGCAGAAACCCAUAGCUGUCAACUUGCCAACAGAUUUGACAAGGACUCAAAAAAAAAAAAAAAUUGCGACUUAUUUUAGUGGAUAAAGUAGUUUGAAUCCGUCAUUGUUUUUUGGGGGGCAAAUGGGUACUGGGAGAGCUAUUCAGAGCAAGGCCAUUUGAGCAUUUUUGAAAACUAUAACUAUAUUAUAACAGUGUGAAAUUUGUUAUAUAUACAUGUGCAUUUUAAAAUCUGCAUUCAAUACAGAUCCUAUUAACAACAA